UCCAGCUGAAGCAAAGACACGUCCCUUCUGGCUUGAGCGGAGUGACUGCACCCCAAAUCAUGGCAAAGAGCUUCUUCGGAAAACGUAAAAACCUUCACAGUGGACCUACAGCUCCACCCAGGAGGACAGAUGACGAGUUCGAGUGGCAACAAGAAGAGUUUGAUGAUGACGAUGGUGACAUGUAUGAGGUGCCUCCCUGUGAGCGCCAAACAGUGAAAGUGCCACAGAGAGAGGAAGAGGAUGUCUAUCUGGAGAGGCCGCCUGAUAUCUCGCCUCCUCAGAGGCGGGCAGCUCUCCCACCCAGACCAGCCAAACCCUCAAAACCUCAACAACAUGCAGCAGAUUUCAUCUCAGGUCCCCAAGCCAAUAAAGCACCUGUGAUAGACAGAACUGAGAAACCUGGGAGAAAGAAGAUGAUGCCUCCCCCCCCAGUCCGCUCCACUCCUGUUCAAAACCCCGCGUCUAACACUGAGGAAGAUGUGUAUCUGGAUCCAAAUGAAGAACAGGAAGAUACCGAUGACGUGUAUGUGGAACCUACAGCUGCUUGCCCUCCCCCCUCCCGUUCGCUGAUGAGGAUGCAUCCGUCUCCCAUCACGGGGCUCGUACCUUGUCCCACAACCAUGAUGAAGCCUCCGGUUCCCAGAGCUCAGUCUAAUUCCCCCUUGUCUUCGUUGAAUGAGUUAAAAACAGCUUCUUCAGUUGAAGUGAGACGCGCUACGUUUCCCUCCAAACCCCCCCCACCGACCCCCAGUGUUAAGCCCCCUCUCCCAGUCAAACUGAAGGAAGCAAAACACAGCCUUCCCAGUCCUCCUGUGACGAAAGCUAAGACAGCUGCUUCCUCUGGUGGAAUGAAGGCGACCAAACAAUGGGUGAACGAGGACAAAGAGUGGUUUGCUGGGACUUCCAACAGGAAGACCGCCGAGGAUCUUUUACUGAGGGUCAACAAGGACGGCGCAUUUCUGAUACGACAUAGCUCAGCUCAGGGCAGUCGCCAGCCAUACACCCUCGCUGUGCUCUACCAGCACAAGGUGUACAACAUUCCCAUCCGCUUCCUCGGGGAGACGCGAGGUUUCGCCCUCGGAAAAGAGGGCAAGAAGAACGAAGAGAUUUUUGGCACCCUCGACGAGAUGAUUUGUCACCACAAAGAUAACCAGCUGCUUCUGAUAGACAGCAAGAGCCAGGCCAAGCACACAACGUAUUUAACGUACCCUGCACGCCCUUCCUUCUAAGAUGUUUUUAAAUGAGAAUAAGGUCAAAAGCAUAGUUUAAAAAUGUUCUGCAGGUCUACUAAUGUGUCACAAAACUGUAAAUACAACUAACUGUUUUAAUAUCAUCUAAAGACUUUCUUUAUCAUCUUUAUAAAGUAAAAUAGCUAAUCCAAACUUCUAAUGCACCUAGAACAGAGACUCUAUGUUACAAACUCCAGCUGCCACAUGAUGUGACAUCACCUUAAGGUUAAAGCUCAGAGAUAUUCCUGUUUUCUUAUCAAUUCAUAGCAAUGACUACAAAAGGAAAAAGGAAAACGUGUAUAUGUGUUGCUGUGAGAUCAACAAAAUCUAACUUUGAUUAAAUGUUCCCCCGUCCCUUGGUUCCUCCUGUUCCUUUCCAUUUGGUAAUAAAUGUAUGAAG